CCUCUCGACGACCCCGAAAAUCAAUCGCCCAUGUCGCGUCGCCACACCGAUACCCAUAUGAACGCCAGUUCCAGCAGCGACGAUGAGUAUGACACCGAAAAGGACAGCGACGAAGAUGCCGACGAGUACGACGGCCACCGCAUCACCAGCCGAGACAUCCGACUGACCCGUACUCGCACCAACCGGAGCAUGAGAUCCAGCACCAAGGAAGGACCGGAGCACGCCAACACCACGGGCCGACUCGACCUUACCAAGACUGUUUCCCGUCGUGACACUGUCCUCUCGCGCCUGCGAUCCCGCCCUACCGCCCGAUUCGAGUUCAACCAUCCGCUAGCACACACCCCGACUGGCAAGGAUGUCAUUGUCGACUUUGAGGGUCCCGACGACCCCUACCGCCCCAUGAACUGGCCCAUGAAGAAGAAGAUCAUGACCACGAUGCUCUACGGCUUGAUCACCAUGAGUGCCAGCUGGGCCUCCUCCAGCUACUCGGCCGGCACUGCACAGGUGUCGACUCACUUCGACGUUGGCCACGAGGUAGCUGUCCUGGGUACUUCCAUCUUCUUGGUUGGUUUCGGUAUUGGCCCUCUGCUAUGGGCGCCGUUGAGUGAGGUUUUUGGGAGAAGAGUGGCUGUCUUCGUGCCCAUGUUCUUUGCCACUUGUUUCAGCUUCGGUAGUGCCACUGCCAAGGACUAUCAAACUCUGAUGAUUACCCGCUUUUUUGGUGCCUUCUUUUCUUCGGCUCCUGUGACCAACACUGGUGGUGUGCUGGGAGACUUGUUCUCGCCUGCCGAAAGAGGUAUCGCCAUGGCGGGAUAUGCCAUGGCAGUUGUUGGUGGUCCAGCCAUCGGCCCCGUCGUCUCAGCUGCGGUUGCCAUUCAGCCCAGUCUCGGUUGGCGAUGGACCCUGUACCUCACCGGCAUCCUACAAGCCUUCGUUCUCGCCCUCGGCUUGAUCUUCAUCGACGAAUCUUACCCUCCGCGACUGCUCGUCAACAAAGCCCGUCGCUUGCGCAUCCAAACCGGCAACUGGGCACUCCACGCCAAGUUUGAGGAAUGGGACGUCACCUUCUCGGAGCUCGCCCAGAAAUUCUUACUUCGCCCGGUGCAGCUCCUUUGCACGCCCAUCUGCUUCCUCGUCGCUCUUUAUGCUAGCUUCUGCUACGGUAUUCUGUACAUGCAGCUUGGCGCGAUUCCCAUUAUCUUUGGCGAAGUCCGCGGGUGGACGCAGCUGGUUGCUACUCUGCCGUUAUUGUGCAUCUUCAUUGGUGCUAUGAUCGGUUGUGGCGCGAACGUGUAUAACCAGUUUAUCUACAACAAGGCGUACCGCGCCGCUGGCGACCGCGCCGUUCCUGAACGCCGUCUGCCGCCCAUGAUGGUUGGGUCCGUGAUCUUUUCGGGUGGGCAGUUCAUGCUCGGGUGGACUGCGCCAAAAGAUAUCCACUGGAUUGUGCCCUGCAUCGGUCUGGUUCUUAUGGGAUCGGGAUUUUUCAUGAUCUUCCAGGCUGCGCUGAAUUACUUGGUCGACACGUUUACGCGGUAUGCGGCCUCGGCGGUGGCUGCGAACACGUUCCUCCGCUCGUGCUUUGCAUGCGCGUUUCCCUUGGUUGUCACUCCCAUGUUCCAUAACAUUGGUGUGGGACCGGGAUCGUCGAUUACCGGAGGGUUUGCGGCUUUGUUGAUACCCGUUCCGUUUGUCUUUUUCGUCUAUGGAAAGAGGAUCAGAAAGAGGUCGAAGUGGUCGAGACCUAGCGUUUAUGACUGAGGGGUCCAUGAUGGAUGAUGAGAUGAUGCAUGAUCAUGCAUUUCUGGGAUUAUGGGUAUGUCAUGUUUGAUGAUGCAUUUUACGGCGUUCUGGCUCAUCUACAGGAGAUACCAACUGAUAGCAUUGCGUUUGAGCUUUACUUGGAAAUUCCUGUCGACUUUUAUGAAGUAUAAAUACCUGUCAGUAGACGAAUAAUAUUAAUUGUGGCUAUCGAACUC